CACACUUACACACAUAGUACACUGCAGUCCAAAGCUGCAGUAGCGUAGCGUAGUAUAUGCCUUCAUAUAUAGCGUAUACGCGCCUACGCAAGCAAAGUAAACGUAGCCUCAAAUGUCGCUUGAUAAAUAAGUGUCAAAUAAAAACUGUACUCGAUUGCCAUUUUACUACGUGAAUCCUAGCGAUUGUGAUAGUGCAAUGGAUUAGAAACUCAAGAAACUCAGUUGUGAAAUAUGAAUUCAAAAAUAAUUCUAUAGCCCCGAUCGUAUGGACGCUUAUUCAUGUGAUUGAUACCUUGAACGUUUAAAAAGAACAUUAUAGUCAUGAACGAAACAACCUCUGGUGAGGUGUCAAUGGAAGUGAGCACUGGGGGUGGUAAACAAAAAUUUCUUAUUCAUGCUAACGAUCAUAGCGAAAAGAACUUGGGUGCAAUGAAGAAUGAAGAUAUUAACAGUGAAGAUUUUCCAUCUCAUUUUGAAGCUUUGGAAGAGACAAAUAAUAUAGAUCAGAACCUUGUUUCAAUAUGCAAUGUAAAAGCUACUACCUCUUCUCCUGAACUUAUUAUUGGAGACAAACAAGUCAUUAUUUGGGACGAACUUUGCAGAGUUUGUGCAACAUCAAACGAAAAACUUGUAUCAGUAUUUGGUACUGAAGGAACACAGUAUGAGUUAGAAACAAAAAUUCAAGAAUAUCUACCACAGAUAAGGCUUUCUCAGGAUGAUUUUCUUCCCAUGAAAGUAUGUUACCAUUGUAUUUCAAUUUUAGUAGGAUGGCAUGAUAUAUAUACAAAAUGCGAUCAAGCACAAGAAAGACUAUUGGAAUUGCAUCAACAAUUGCAUCCAAAGGAUCAGCCUCUUCAUUUAUCAACAUCUGAAGAAAUAAGUUUAAGCAAUGAAGAGAACCACAGUAUUGACAUGAAAGAAGAAAUUCAACAUUAUGAUCCAAACUUACUCGCAGUUUCAUCAGAUAACAAUGUGAAUAUUCCUGAAAAUAAAAGAGCCAACGGGGUCGACGGCAUCGAACAUCCCGCAGUCUCGCCGAAUGACUACUCCGAGGACUGCUCCUCGCCCGCUGUCCCGAGUAGUAACACUGGCGACGUCGCAACGACCCUGUACCAGUGCGGCGUCUGCGAGUUGCUGUUCGAGCAAGAGAUCGAGCUCUUGAGACACCUCAAGGGCGCGCACAAGUCGCCCGCCAACUUGGAGUACCAGUGCACGCUGUGUCUGCGCAAGUUCUUGUCCAAGGUGCGCCUGGUCCGGCAUCUGGCCAAUCACAGGCACAACAACGACCUCGUGAAUGCGGAGUCGAUCGCCGCAGAGAGGCAGAGAAUCCCCGAGAAUUCGGGCCACCAUUACAAGUGCGAGCUCUGCCAGAAGAUCCUGAGCUCGCGCCUCAACAUGAUUCGGCACUUGCGAAUGCACAAGGACGAGCGAUUGUCGGUCUGUCACGUCUGCGGCAAGUCAUUCCGCUCGGACGGCGACGUCAAGCGUCACAUCAACGACGUGCACCUGAAGCUGAAACGCCACUCGUGCGGGUACUGCGACCGGGCAUUCGCCGCCAAGGCCACCAAAGACGCCCAUCAGAGAAUACACACGGGCGAGAAGCCGUUCCUGUGCAGCCAAUGCCCGAGGCGCUUCCGCUCGAUCAAUCUGCUCGGCGUGCACAAGAAGGUGCACGAGAAUCAUCGGCCCUUCGGCUGCGCCUACUGCCCCAAGACGUUCCGCUCCAAGCAGAAGGUGCAGGUGCACGAGUCCGUACACACGGGCUACAAACCCUUCGAGUGCGACGUCUGCGGCAGCGCGUUCUCGUCCAAGGGCGAGUGCAAGAGGCACAGCAUAAGCCAUUCGAGCGAGCGACCUUUCGAGUGCAGCCUGUGCGACAAGUCGUUCAAGCUCAACAAGUACCUGAGAGGUCACUUGAGAAAGUGCCAUCCCAAAGAAGCCCCUGAUAUCCUUUAUCAGAUGGAUAAUUACACCAAGAAGAGACAACCUCGAGAACGAAUUGUCAAGGAGUUCCGCAAAGUUUACGUGCCAGGUAUGCCAGUGUUAAACGACGAACCCGAGCCACCCAAAAAGAAAAGACUCACAAAAAAAGCCACCGCCACUGACGCCAGCCUAUCAAAGAAACGGAAAAAAACAUUGGUCGGAAAAGCGUUGAAAAAAUCAGAAAAAACGACCAAUUCUAAGCAAACAUCGAAAGAAACCGCGGCAUCCUCCGCGGAUAAAGACAAACCCACAGAUGUCAAUGACAACAAGGGAACAACGCCUAGCCAGGAUUUGGACGAUUCGUUCGAAGACUCAGUGUUUCCACCGAAAAAGAAGAGAGUAAAUCGCACUUGUUCGGAUUGCGGUAAAAAAUUCCGACUCGAGGAGAGCUACCAGAUGCAUCUUCGAGUGCACCAGGGCUUGCUGCCGUAUAUCUGCAAGCAGUGUGGCAAGCAAUUUAGCCAGAAUGGAAGUCUCUACUAUCACGAGAGACACGUCCACGGUGGCGUGAAAAAUCAUGUCUGCGAGAUAUGCAAACGCUGCUUCGCCAUGAAGACCGCCCUGGAGGACCACAGGCGAAUCCACACGGGUGAGCGGCCUUAUUUCUGCGAGCACUGCGGCAAGUCCUUCAAAACGAAGGCGUCGCUCUACAUACACCGCAAACUGCACACGGACGAGUUUCCUUUUAAAUGCAGCUACUGUAAUAAGGCCUUCCGAUGGAAGCAGCAGAUGGUCAGUCACGUGACGACGCACACUGGCGAAAAGAAUCACAUCUGCGAGAUCUGUGGCAAAGGCUUUGGAGUGAAGAAUGAGCUCACGCGGCACAUACUAACUCAUUCGACGGAAAAACCCUUCAAGUGUGAAACGUGUCAUAUCAGUUUUGGUCAGCAGAGAUACUUGACUAAUCACAACAGAACGAAGCAUAAAAUUACGCAGAACGAAAAUGAAAGUUUAACUUUGCUAAGCUAGAAUAUAAUGUAAAAGGGACAUAAUGUAAAAGGGAUAUUGUAAAUGGUUAUUGAAAAAAUUACCCUGCACUGUCGACGUUCAUUAUACAAAAUAUUUUCACAUUUCAUGACGACUUCUACAAAGUAAUGCAUCAUUGUUUUACCCGUUCUUUCGCUCCGUGUAAAUUUAAAUGAAUGUAAAAAACAAAAUCAGUCUCUUAUGGUAAGAGUUGAGAUAGUAAUUUUAAUGUAAAAAAAUGUUGCUAAUAAUAUGAAUGAAUAUUUCGCAUUUUCAUAAUUGAAUUAAACUUUUUAAUUGUAAUCAGUACGUUAUCAGUACGUAUCAUCAUCUGUAUAAAUUCAAGAUUAACUUAUGUAAAUAUCAAUUCACCUUAAAAAUGAAUUUUUAAUAAUAAAUAAUUUAAAAGUAACGAAAAUUUCAUUGACACGAGUAAAACUAGUACUCUACCUAAAAAUGUUAAAUACGUAUUCAUUUUAUACUUUACAGUUUCAACAUCUCAAAUCAUUGGGGUUAUCACGGCCCUGAAAAGUAAUAAACCAACGCCUCUG